AUGGACGUGCUUUUAGAUGUGUUUGACACGUUGGUACUCGACCGACUCUACGCCAGCGUCUUUCCCAAACCUGCGGGCAAACUACUUCAUAAUCAUUUGUCUCUCAACAAAACCGAAUUUGGUGCUCUGAACCAGAAUAUCAAUAGAUAUGUCGAGGUCACUCCAUCCCAGUGGGCGGUCCAAAGCAGCUGGCCGAGGGAUAAUAUCUUCCGGCAGGGACUGAGUCUGUUUCUCGUUGCAUGGGCGUUCGGUGUCAUUCUCUAUUUUAUCACCUCAACUCUGUCAUACUGUUUCGUCUACGACAAACGCAUCAUGAAUCAUCCCAAGUUCCUCCGAAACCAAAUCAGCCUGGAGAUCAAGCAGGCGAUGAAAUCCAUGCCGGGAAUGGCCGUUCUGACGGCCCUGUGCUUUGUAGCAGAGGUACGAGGGUACUCGAAGCUGUAUGACUUCGCCGACGAAGGUCCCUUCCCGCUGUAUACCUAUCUCCAAUUUCCACUGUUCAUCACCUUCACCGAUUUCGGCAUCUACUUUAUCCACCGUGGUUUGCACCACCCUUGGGUCUACAAGCAUCUGCACAAAGCCCACCACAAGUGGAUCAUCUCAACCCCCUAUGCUAGCUAUGCGUUUCAUCCCUUGGAUGGGUUUAGCCAGAGUUUCCCCUACCAUCUGUAUCCGUUCCUGUUUCCCCUGCAGAAGGGAGCUUACUUGAUCCUUUUUGUCUUCGUGACGAUCUGGACGGUGAUGAUUCAUGAUGGAGAAUACGCCCUAGAUUCGCCGGUAGUGAACGGAUCUGCAUGCCACACCAUCCACCAUUACUACUUCAACUACAACUACGGACAGUUCACGACCCUCUGGGAUCGCAUUGGGGGAAGCUACCGGAAGCCGAAUCCAGAGCUCUUUGACCGUGAAAAGCGGAUGAAAAAUGAAGAGAUCCGCAAGCAGGUGAAAGAAAUGGAACAACUCGUCAAAGAGGUCGAGGGUAAAGAUGAUCGCUGCUACGUGGCAGCAGAGGUCAAGAAGACGUUGUAG